AUGGCCAAUUUGAAGAGAACUUUCUUGAUCACUGGUGCAAACUCCGGGGUAGGCUAUGCCACAGCCCAUACUAUCGCUGCAAAAUCCCCAGACUACCACGUCAUCCUAGCCAGUCGUAGCAUCACUAAUGGGCAGGAAGCUCUCGAUGAAAUCAAAACCUCAUCAUCCCUACCCAUUAAAGGCACUUUGUCACUAGUCCAGCUUGAUGUCACCAAUGAGGAAUCAAUUGCCUCAGCAGUUAAAUUGGUGGAGUCUGAGUUCGGCUACCUUGACGUUCUGAUAAACAAUGCGGCCACUACCUCUGGAGGAACCAAACCUUAUACCAGAGAAGGGUUACGGAACUUGUUCGACACCAAUGUACUUGGGCCAAUGCUGAUGCUUCAAGCCUUUCAGCCCUUGCUCGAGAAAUCGAUAUAUCGCGAUGGAGCGUAUGUGAUUCAAGUUUCUAGCGGGUUAGGUGCUUUUGCUCAGGCAGACAACCCUAAGAAUCCAAAUUACCCGCACCCUUUUGACGCGUACCGAAUGUCCAAGGCCGCGUUGAAUAUGAUGACUGUGCAAGCGCAGAAAAGUCUCGGUAGAGAGAAAGGAUUCAAAAUAUUCUCUGUUUGCCCAGGUCUUGUACGGUCGAAUCUGAGGGGAAAGUCUGAGGAGCAGCGGAAUGCCGGGGGUUUGGCCGGGAAUCCUCUGGUUUCAGGGAGGGUUAUUUUGGGCGUACUCGAAGGAGAAAGAGAUGAUGCAGUUGGUAAAUUCGUGCACGAGGAUGGCGUGUACAAGUGGUAA